GGAGCUUGGGAUAUGAAAGGCAAAAAGUUUUUUAUAGGUAUUCAAAUUAGUGUUUGGGCAAUAGCUUGUUUCGCGCCCCGGAAUGUUCUUCCCGAAGAAGUGCUAAGACUAUUUAUAACACGACUCCGACAGAUGAGUAUCGAUGCUGGCAUGCCAAUAGUUGAUCAACCACGUUUUUGUAAUUAUGCCACAAAUCUUGACCAAGUAGAACCUAUGUUCAAUUAUUUAAAAUCAAAAUUCAUUGGAUUACAACUCAUAGUUAUUAUUUUACCAGGAAAAACUCCAGUAUAUGCUGAAGUCAAAAGAGUUGGAGACAGUGUUCUAGGAAUACCUACACAAUGUGUUGAAGCUAGAACUGUUAAUAAACCAUCUACUCCAAUAUUGUCCAACUUGUGUUUAAAAAUUAAUGUGAAAUUAGGUGGUAUCAACAAUAUUCUUGUACCAAGUAUCCGACCUAAAGUAUUCAAUGAACCUCUAUUAAUAUUGGGUGCAUAUGUGAGUCGCCCAACUAUAGGUGACAUUAGCAAAUUAUCUAUUGCAGCAGUAGUUGGAUCUAUGGAUGCUCAUCCCAUUCGUUAUGCCUCUGCUAUACGUCAUCAACCAAACAGACAAGAAGAAAUUCAAGAGCUAUGUUCUAUGGUCAAAGAACAACUAAUCAUGUUUUACAAGUGUACUGGAGGUUUUAAACCACAUAGAAUAAUAUUAUACCGUGAUGGAGUAUCCAAAGGACAGUUUUCUCGUGUCCUAUUACACGAACUUACAGCCAUUCGAGAGGCAUGUAUGAAGGUAGAAAGUGAUUACAAACCAGGAAUCACUUAUAUUAUUGUUCAAAAACAUCAUCACACUAAACUUUUUUCUGUCGAUAAAAAAGAUCAAUUUGGAAAAUCUGGAAACAUUCCAGCUGGUACAGUAGUUGAUGUUGGAAUAACACAUCCUACAGAAUUCGAUUUUUACCUUUGUAGUCAUCAAGGAAUUCAUGGAACAAGUCGGCCAAGCCACUAUCAUGUUUUAUGGGACGACAACCAUUUCGAGUCGGAUGAAUUGCAAAGCUUAACAUACCAAUUAUGUUAUACUUAUGUCAGAUGUACACGUUCUGUAUCUAUACCGGCUCCUGUCUAUUAUGCUCACUUAGUUGUAUCUAGGUUUAAACGUCAGAUCAUGGAUGAUGAACAUGACAAUGUUGAAGAAUCAUAUACAUCUGGCCGUGAAGAUCAAACAUCAGAUGUAAUGAGACAUGCUAACGCAGUGCAUGCUAACAUAAAAAAAUUUAUGUAUUUUACAUAAUUAAUUUUUUUUCCGGCACGGUGGGAUACCAUAUGUCCCACCUAAAAAUUUACAUUUCCGUCACGGUGGUACGAAAAAUAACCCACCUUUUAUAUUAAUUGUUAUUGAUAGUUCAAAAUUAUUUUUCACCAAUAUGUAUUAUAAAUAGUGUUAUUAGUUUAUUUAAAAUGUUAUUUUCUAAAAUUAAAACAGAAAUUAAUUAAUUUCAUGUUAUUUAUGACUAUUCCCCCGAUUUUUUUUUUCGACAACCAGCCAAUUAUUAUUAUUUGUUCCUACAAUUUUCGUAUUUGAGUUAUUAAUAUAAAUAUUAUUUGUACAUAAUAUGUUAGAGACUAUUGUAUAUUAGCAUUCUGUGCAGACAAAACCAUUUUACCGAUAGCGGUUAGUCAGGAAUAACGUAAAACGUAAUAGUCCAAAUUUUAACCCACCGUGCAGUGAGUAAAUAUUCGUAUUCGUAAUUUUCUUUAUAUUAAUAUUACGUUUAUUUUCAUUCAGCGUGUUCAAUUAUUUAAAAAAUUUUAUUGUAUUUUAUUAUUUGUAUUAAAAUACAAAACAUAUCUACUAUUUUUUUUACAAUAA